UGAAAAAAGUUGAAAAUGAGUGUCAAUAGCUAUACGUGCAAACUAAAUCUACUAAACAGUGAUAAUGUAUGUGCUAUUCAUUCGGAGUGGUCUAAUUCAAAUGUAAAGUUUUUGUUAAUACAUGAUAACCAAGCUUGGAGUGGAGAGUUACAGUUGACAGAAAAUGAAGGCUACAUAAAUGAAUUGCUGGAUCAACUAUCUUUGUCCAAAGAUAUGUACAUAGAAGAAUCUAAAAAGGCUUUGACAACUCAUGGUGGUGUUAAUAACUUUGUCUACACUCUAGAAAAUGACAAAUUCAUCUGGAAGAAAUUGGUCAGAAAUAAUAUGUCUGUGAAAUUCGGAAUCGUAAACUUAACAAAAGUGCCACUGUCAGAAGCGUUUGAGAAGGUUUUGGACAAUACUCUAAAACUGAAUGCGAACUUAUAUACAAAACUUCAAGAUAGUGAUUGUCGAAGAAACACUUUGGAAGCAGAAAACGGCAUUUUAAAAACCAAAUUAAAUGAAGUCUUGGAGAAAAAGAAGGAAAUGGAAGAAACAUUGUACAGCCAGUUUUUAAGAGUUUUGAACGAGAAGAAAAAAAGAAUACGGGAGCUGAAAAAAGAAGCCCCUAUACUAGAAGAUGCAACGCACCAAGAGGAAAGUGACCAUUUUGAUUCAGACACUGUAACAGAUUCUGAAGAAGAGAAGAUGUUAACUGUAUCCAAAACCAUUCUCAAAAAUAAUCCUCUCGGCUCAAAAGAUAAACAUGUAACUCCCCCUAAGAGAUCUAGGAAGGAAACACAAAUUGAAAGCGUUGCUGGGCCUAGUGGGGAAAAUUUGAAAGGAAAGACCUCAAAGACCGUUAAAUCUAAAAAGCUACCAGUAAAAGGUAAAAAGGGACAGACGAAACCCAUCCGUGAGAGCUGUGUGAUGGGACCAGUGACUGAAGCGAAGGAUAAAAAUCCACCUGAAUUGUCUGAAGAUAUAUUUUUGUUCAAGCAAAACAAUAAUGCUGCUAAAAGUUCCAAAACCGUAAAGCAAACUACAAGUAGAAUUACAUUUGAGAAUGAUGUUUCAGCAGGGAUUGACUUAAAUGACCAAGUUGUCUGUGAUAUAAAUAAAACGCCCAGUGAUAUAGAUGUAGAUCGGACUCCUAGUAAUAUAAACAUAGAGAUAACACCUAGUGAGACAGAUAUAGAUAAAACACCAAGUGUUAUCGGUGGAAUAACCGGUUUAAAUGGAAAUGCAGAUCACGAAGAAAAGGUGAAGGAAAGCAAGACCAAAGAUGAUAAACCAAAUCAUGAAAUUGUGGAACAAAAUAAUGAGGGAAAAUUAAGUGAGCCAAAGGCUGUUUCUAGAAAUUCCGAGGUGACUAAAAUAGCCAGUUAUAAAGGGUUUUCUAGUUCUACUAUGGAUAUUUUAAACCAGUUAAUUUAGUUUAGAUCAAACGUUGGCAAUUUGAGUGAGAAAUGAAACUACAGUAUUUUAGGGAUGUAAAUAUUUUUAUGAUUAAAUUAAAUAAACUAUUUGGGUUACCUUUUAAUUAACUGCAUAAUCAUGGAUUUGAUAACUUUUAUCGUGGUUAAAAGAUAUAAAAUUGCUUCCCAGAAUUUUGUGUUACAUAAAAAUUAAAAACUGGUUUACACCAAAAUGCAAAUAUUGUUCACACUAAUGGUCAUUAGUUUGUUAUAAAUGUUCUGUACAUUAGUCAUUGGGUAACAAAAACAAUAAUGAAACUGUCUUACUGUACAGUGUUGUUCCAUUUAGAAAAGAGAAAGCAGCCUCAACAAUUAAUCAAACAUUUAAUAAAUUCAUCUAGUUUUGUUGAGGAUUUUUAUUUAAGUUUGAAUAUGUCAAUCUAAUACAGUACAUCAGUCAGUAUUAAUAGUUUUAUAUGCAAGUAGAUAAUUUACAAAUGAAAUAUUUUAGAUGAAUUAAUAAAUGA